CACCUGCCUCGUCGGUUCCGCCUUCCGUGGGGCGCACUAUCCCAAAGCGAAAGGACGCAUCUUGGAAUUUAGGAAUCAAAACGGACGGAAGCUUUUGGAUUGCGGCGUGCAAACGUGCCAAGUGAGCGCCUCAUCGUGUGAAUAAACUGGCCUGGCAAAGACUUUUGAGACUAUUACGACUGGCCUGAAAUGGUGAUGAGAUGCAUCCGCGGAGUGCUUCUUGAACCCGCUCCCAAAAGCCCGUGAAGCAGGCCCGCCCGUGUUUUUGUUUUCCAUUGAGCUGCACUCCAUUUCCUUUCCUUGUUUUCCUUUUCUUUUCUUUUUUUUCCCUGGGUCGCUCUUGCAGCCGAUGAUGAGCAAACAUGACCGGGGAUCACUACAAAGGCCACGAAGUCAGCUGCUGCAUCAAAUACUUCAUUUUUGGAUUCAAUAUCCUCUUUUGGCUGCUGGGCAUGGCUUUGGUUGGAAUUGGCUUGUGGGCAUGGAGUGAGAAGGGGGUUCUGUCCAACAUUUCGUCCAUCACUGACCUGGGUGGUCUGGACCCGGUGUGGCUCUUCAUGGUGGUCGGGGCCGUCAUGUUCAUUCUGGGCUUUGCUGGAUGCAUUGGAGCGCUGCGGGAGAACACUUUCCUGCUCAAAUUUUUCUCUGUGUUCCUGGGAAUCAUCUUUUUUCUGGAGUUGACCACCGGAAUCCUGGCUUUCGUCUUUAAGGACUGGAUCAAGGACCAGUUGAACUUGUUCAUCAACAACAACAUCCGGGCUUACCGGGAUGACAUCGACCUGCAGAACCUUAUCGAUUUCACUCAGGAGUAUUGGGAGUGCUGUGGUGCUUUUGGAGCGGACGACUGGAACCUCAACAUCUACUUUAAUUGCACGGAUGGAAACCCCAGUCGGGAAAAAUGCGGCGUUCCCUUCUCCUGCUGCACCAAGGACCCCGCGGAGGAUGUAAUAAACACUCAGUGUGGAUAUGACGUUCGAGGCAAACCAGACUCGGAGCAGAAGGAUUACAUCAACGUGAAAGGCUGCGUGCCACAGUUUGAAAAGUGGCUACAGGAUAACCUCACCUUGGUGGCGGGGAUAUUUAUCGGCGUUGCGUUGCUUCAGAUUUUUGGAAUUUGUCUGGCGCAGAACUUAGUGAGUGACAUUGAAGCCGUGCGGGCGAGCUGGGUGCCCCCCCAACUCUCCAUACGUCGACCCCCGGCACACUCGGGCAAGAACGUUCCGGCGUACUACUCGUGAGGCACAUGCUAUGCGCGUUUAUAUCCGGUGGGUGUUGAUGUGAAAUUUGCAUAGUAAUUUGCACCACCAGUCGUUUUGUACGAAAAGAAAUUGUAAUUUCCUAAAGGACAAAAUGCCAACAAUGUGCACCGGCUUGUAAUGAAGACAAUCGCAUCUAUUGUCAAGGUGACCCAGAAUCACCUGCAGUACUCAAGAUUGGUGGAGCAGCCAGGACAUUUCUCAUGUUAGCGUUAGCAUCAGUGCUUUGUGUCUUCAGUGUGACGUCGCUUAAGUAUGUUGUGAUGUCUUAGCAUGGUCGCUACUCAAUACUUUCUCAUUUUUCCCCAUUGCCAUGGUCGUUUGCUAGAUUAUUGCCAAUGACACCCAAAGAUUGAGUAUCCACAACAAAGCAACCAGAUAACA